AGAACACCGACCUGUAGUAUUGAUUGUGUGACAGAGGAUGGCAGCACUGUGCAGUGGUUGUAGUGGAUAUUAUGUUGCUUCCUGUCUGCACUUUGGACUCCAGUGGCCAUUGCUUCUUACAGCACGGUAGGUACUUACCUGCUAACUAAUGUUAAUUAAUAAUCCUUACUAAUACUGCAUGCAUGCAGAAGCACACCCUCUGGGUACACAUACAGACAACCAGCACUGCUGGCAUAGUUUUGCUCACUAAUGAUACGUUUAGCCAGGGAUGGCUAAAAAGUAGUUCUGCAGCUGUUGAAGGACUACAUCUCCCAUGAUGCUCAGCCAUGUUUUCGGCCUCCCUUGUGCCAGGCUGAGGUCAAGAUUAAUAAGGUAUAUCUGCUCAGGGCAUAAUAAUGCAAAGUUCAGAUAUAGUCUUUAUUAUCAACUGCACAACUGUGUAAGCAUUUUCUAAUGAGGUUUAGAGUUAUGAUCAUCUCAUAGACAAGAGUUAAAAUAUUACUUUUUUUUUUCACAUUUGUUAUGUGCGCUUCGGAAUCUGAUGGCACUAUAUAAAUAAAUAAUAAAAUAGACCUGCCUGCUGUAUCAGAUCUGGAUCAGAAGAGGUAGGGGGUGGGUUUUAAUGGCAUUGCCCAUAAAGUGGGUGUGUCUCCCUGAAGUUAUUGUUAAACAACAAGCAAUUGUAAGAGAAAACAUUAUGUUAAGAGACACAAGACAAGAGGCAAAGAACCUUUCUCAAAUAAGCUAACAAUAUAGGAGACGGGUUUAUGAUGACCGGUAGAUGUACAGCAAUGUAGCUAAUCAGGCCUGUCCAUACACAUAGUAUUGAUGAGUUUGUGUAUGGGCUGACAUGUUCCAUAUUUCAUCCCUGAUAAAAACACAAGCAUGUAUUUAAAGGGAACCUGCCAUGCCAGGUAAAACUAAUGCUUUUUUAAAAAUUUUAUUCUUUAUUUUGUCGUGCAUGUAAAAUACAAAGAGACAAGAAAUGCCACAACAGCUAUUACCAGCUGAGUAAUCAACAGUUAGGGACAGUUGUAUGGCAUCUAAUAACAUUGCACAUUUUAUAAUAUAUUGUAGGAUAAACAUAGGAGAAACUAACAUGUCAGCUACUAGACCAUGGGUGUGUGAGUACGACAAACUAUACAUAACAAAGGGUAACAGUAACAUUAGCUUGGCUCACAUAUUGGCAUCAUAUUUUAUUCAUAGUAGGGGCAAAGGUCAGGCUAGGUCAGACUAGGACAUAGCAUUAAAUACUGAGCUGAGCACACCUGUCAUUGUACCUGACUGCACAUGCUGUUAAUGUAGUAGGUCUGAUCCAAGCUAUUAGUUGGAAACAUGCUACGCUUGGUAAAAAUAAGAAAAAACUGACUGUAAGAAUCUUAGAGCAGAGCUGUGAGAAAUAGCAGCAACUAGUUACCGCUGGGUAGGUAUGGUAGUCCUGUGUAGCUCUCUAUAAAGUGUACAAAAAACAUGUAAUUGGAUUAGGCAGGAAGCAGAGGGGAAUCUAUAAGCUGGCAACAGGGCACUAUGCAGGGUGUGCCAGCUUAUCAGGCAAUUCCAAGAGAUGGCGAGGUACAGAGUAUGCUAUUGUAAUCAGCAUCAAAGCGGCUUCUCUGACCGAGCCCGAGUGCCGGACAGUCCAGUAGAUCUUGAGUUGUAGCAGUGAGCAAAGCUCAAUGUCGCAGCACCUCGGCCCUGCUCUUCCUGUGAUCUGAUGUGCAGUCGCUUAAGUCAGGUGGGCUUUGCUGGGAGCAGAGAGGUUUGUUUCUCUGCAGCCGGAACUGGCUGCGUCGAAGCUGCUGGACCCAGCCUUGGUAGUUCGGUGACAGGCGUGUUGGGCGAAAACUAAUGCUUUUUUAAAGAGCAUACAAUUCUUUGUAUACUUUUACUAGCAAAUGUAUAGAUUUGGAGAAAAUUUUUUUAUUUUUUAAAAAGUCUUUUUCCGAUCUGUCAAGAAUUGACUGACAAUGGAGACCAGAAGACACCUCCCACAGGUAGUCCUUCUGUUGUCCUUCCUGAUAGCCACUAGAGGUGCUUCAGCAUCCAGAACACAGAGAAACUCACAGCAGUUAGGUGUGUGGUAUUUGGCCACGCAUGCAUAUCUCAUCCAACACUGCUAGCAUUGGGAAGGCAGUGUAAUAAUGUACAGACGCCGACCUGCUGACAAAUGAAGCCAGCAUAUCUGUGUUAUAGAGGAGGUUUGCCCUGCUUUGCGUAGUGUCCCUAAGCAGGACAAUUGGAAGAACAUUGCAGGCAGGGUGAAGGGUGGACUAGGGGUGGGAAUUACAGGAGAAUACAACCCACAAAGCUGAGGAAAUGGUGGCUCUGGAUUGGAGGUAAGGUGAGCAUACCUCAAAAUUUUACAUUGAAAACAUAAUGUGUCACUUUGAAAUAUAAUGUAUUAAAUGUAUUUAAUAUAAUGUAUUAAAUGUAUUUAAGAUGGAUUUGGGUCAAUAGACAAUCCACUACCCAUGUAACAAAAAACAGAUUUACAAAAAAAAAAAAUGUGUUGUUUGAAGAUGCGUUUUGUGGUUUGUUUAUUUAUUAAUUUUUUUUGUUUUAGUUUCCUAGAAUCAUCGUAGCUGCAGACAUGACUGAGGUUCCAAUCAAAGAAGGUUCCGUGAAGAUUUCAGGACAGACACUAUUCUUCCGGGAGGUCGCAGCAGUGCAAGGCCCUCCUCGCCAUCCCGUUCUUUUACUUCAUGGCAUUAGAUUCUCAUCUCUGGAGUGGCAAAAUCUGCACACUCUGGAAAAACUAGCAACUGCGGGACAUCGUGCUGUGGCCAUAGACUUGCCAGGUUAGACCUCUUUCACUAUCUCUUACGAUUGUCUGUUUUUUUUUUUUCUUUUUCAUCUCUAUUCUUUUCUUCUUUACAAUAAUAAUCACUCAGAAAUCUUAUCAUUAACAUUCUUCCUAAGGCCUGGGAAAGUCCAAAGAGGCUGUUGCCCCAAGUCCCUUGGGAGAGCCGGCUCCACCUGGAUUCCUGCAGGAGGUUCUGGAGGCACUAAACAUGGUUCCUGCAGUGGUUAUCAGCCCUUCACUUAGUGGCAUGUAUUCCCUUCCACUGAUUUUGAAUCAGCAGCAGUACCUUGCAGCAUAUGUACCUGUAGCACCCAUCUGUACAGACAAGUUUUCUGUUGAAGCAUAUGCUGGUGUGCAGGUGAGAAACUUAGAAACAAGAGAUGGGGACAUACAUGAGCUCAUGGGGGAAACGAUUGACUUUAAAAUACAGACUUAUUGUGAUUAGAUUUUUUUUUAGAAUGGUCAUGAAUCAUGGUAACUUUUUGGAAAAUUAAACAAUACAAUGAGGGAAAAAGUAUUUGAUCCCCUGCUGAUUUUGAACGUUUGUCCACUGACAAAGAAAUGAUCAGUCUAUAAUUUUAAUGGUAGGUGUAUUUUAACAGUGAGAGACAGAAAAAAAAAAAACCAGAAAAUAAAAAAAAACGCAUGUCAAAAAAGCUAUAAAUUGAUUUGCAUGUCAAUGAGUGAAAUAAUUGGGGUCACUCGAGGCGAUCACCAACUCAUCAUACCAGGGAAGGGUUGACGCUACAGACCCUGCUAGGCUGGAUGUCUGUAAGACAGCAGGACCACAUCUCUCCCUCUCCCAGCCCGAUGAUACCACUUACACAUAAUGAGGCGAUAGGUGGGGGACUUCCCCCGGGAGCCUGGCCUUUGCAAGAGGGUGGGACGUAUAUACCUAUACACAAGGCUCUUGAGGGCGGAAGGCUACGGACUCUUCCCUCGAUGCUAGGUGACAGUCCUCAGACGCAUCUCCUCCGAUUCCGAUAUUUCCAACUGAAACACUUCUACUAAUCACUACCGCACAAGGACAAGCUGCAUAGAGAUCUCACGUGGUUUGAGACCCUCUGCGACCGUGGCACAGCUAUAGAACACGCCAUUUCCGCACUGUAUCAACACCUCCUGACCGGUCAAACGACAGCGGUUACAACGUUCAAACGGCAAUGGGAAGAACAACUGGGAAAAUCCCUUUCGACACAGCAAUGGGAUACGGCGUUGCUCUGGCAGCAUAAGAGUUCGAUGAGUUCUUACUAUCAAGAAAUGAACUAUAAACUAAUCUCUCUCUGGUAUAGGACACCUACCUUAUUACAUCGUAUAUUUCCCUCAAUAUCAUCGAUGUGUUGGAGGUGUCAGGAGACACGCGGAACCGUACUACACAUCUGGUGGGAAUGCGGAGCCAUAACCCCAUACUGGGAAAUGAUCAAGGAAACAAUCAUACUCAUCCUGGGGGACCUCCCGGACUGGAACGCGGAAUUGGCAUUACUACACAUCACAUCAUUAUCCAUAUCUUCGUAUAAGAAAUCGAUACUGCGGCACUUGCUUAAUGCCGCCAAAGCCAACAUCCCAGCUCAUUGGAAACAAACCGACAUACCUACCAAAAAAGAAUGGAUCCACAGGGUGGAAGAGAUCCAAGGAGCAGAAGCAGCAUACGCUACUUUAACAGGCCGGGAAACCAGGCACGCAGAGAUGUGGACGCCGUGGUUCUUGUACAUCUCUCGCUACCGCAGUGAUGGGGGUGUUCCGGGGCCCGCGGUGGGGGCACGGCCCGACGCGAGCUAGGCUGGAGGGAUCAUAUCCUGUGUAACUUGCUUACCCUUUAUCCCUUGCCCUUCGCCACUCCCUUAUCCCUCUCAUCGGCGGGCGGGGGCCCGAGCCCGGAGCCAGAGGAGUCUGCUGAGGGUUCUCUGUGGGACAACACCUUACACCGGGAGAGUCACAAGGAGACCUGGACAUUACACCAGCUGAUGUAACAUGAUUAAGGACAUUUCAUUGUAGAUGGGAGGCACUUGGAUAUCAGGUGAGAUGGACAUCUGACGAGUUACAUGACGAACACCCCAGACAGGAUAGACUCGUGACUCCUUUCACCCUUGCACAGUAGUAGCACCCUCAUCACACAGCACUUGGACACUUCUCUCAUGAUACACAGGAGGGGGAAGUCCCAAGCGCCUUUCCUCAGAUAUAGGAGCACAUGGUCGCCGCGUGAGCUCAGCCUAGAGUUACGGUCGAGGGGAAAAUCGAUGGGUCAGAUGCGGGGCCCAGGUUGGUUGCUGGUUCCGACUUCCACGUUGGCCUAGUGAUCGAGGUACCUAUCACGUAGCAUGUUGCUACACUCACCGUACUUACAGUUAAGCACAGGUAUCAUUAAUGCUAACCAGCUUCAUAACAAAUGCCUCAUCUGAGAGAUGGGAAAUAUAUAUAGGCGUUUUCUACAACAACUUCAUAUACCGGGAUAUGCACGGCAGAAGUAACUCCGGAAAUACUCUUUCUAUGUGCAUUACUCACCAAUCAUGUAUAUAACAAGAGGUGUAGCGUGGUAUAUAAGGUCUCCCAUGUUCAUUUAUGAUACCCUGCUGAAUUUAAACUAACGGGCGGAUGGGUUUAGUCACCCUAUUGGCAAGUAUAAUCUCUAUCACGACCAAUUUGAUAGUGACAACUUAGUUAUAACAUACUUAUGCUCGGUUUGUAUUGUUUUACUUACAUACAUAGACCUGCGUGUCUUGCUUUGUUACUGUUGAUGACUAUGCAUACUCCACAAUAAAAAGAUUUCCCCCCAAAAAAUGAGUGAAAUAAGUAUUUGACCCCUUUGACUUAGUACUCGGUGGCAAAAAAUAUGUGUUGGAAAUCGCAGAGGUCAGAUGUUUCUUGUAGUUGGCCACUGGGUUUGCACACAGCUAAGGAGGGAUUUUGUCCCACUCCUUUUUGCAGAUCCUCUCCAAGUCAUAAAGGUUUCGAGGCUGACAUUUGGGAACUCAAACCUUCAGCUCCCUCCACAGAUUUUCUAUGGGAUUAAGGUCUGGAGACUGGCUAGGCCACUCCAGGACCUUAAUGUGCUUCUUCUUGAGCCACUCCUUUGUUUCCUUGGCUGUGUGUUUUGGGUCAUUGUCAUGCUGGAAUAACCUUCCACGACCCGUUUACAAUGCCCAGGCUGAGGGAAGGCGAUUCUCACCCAAGAUUUGACAGUGCAUGGCCCCGUCAAUGCGGUGCAGUUGUUCUGUCCCCUUAGCAGAAAAACACCCCCAAAGGAUAAUGUUUUCACCUCCAUGUUUGACGAUGGGGAUGGUGUUCUUGGGUCAUAGGCAGCAUUCCUUCUCCUCCAAACACAGCGAGUUGAGUUGAUGCCAAAGAGCUUGAUUUUGGUCUUAUGUGACCACAACACUUUCACCCAGUUCUCCUCUAAAUCAUUCAGAUGUUCAUUGGCAAACUUCUGACGGGCCUGUACAUGUGCUUUCUUGAGCAGGGAGACCGCAGAAUUUCAGUCCUUCACGGCGUAGUGUGUUACCAAUUGUUUUCUUGGUGACUAUGGUCCCAGCUGCCUUGAGAUAAUUAACCAGAUCCUCCCCUAUAGUUCUGGGCUGAUUCCUCACCUCCUUGAGGUGAGACUGACAGUUAUUUAUUUAUUUUUUAUUCUUUGUUUUUGUAGUGCAUUGAGGUAUACACAUAUGUUCAAUCGACAUGUUAACACAAAGCAAUAUGGCAAUGCAGAUAUUCAUAAAGGAUCAGGCUAAUAACAUGUUUUCACGAAUGCUGCACUGUUUUAUAUUAGGUCUUAUGGGACAAUCAUGCGGACACCUCUCGUUUAGGCCGAGGAGGUUGUGCACUCCCCUCCUGUCUGACUAGCACACACAGGUGUCGAUUCAGUUUAUCCCAGGAGUCUGAGAAAAUCUUGUCCAGUUUGCAGGUAAGUUCUACCUUGUCUCUACUGUGCAUAGCUCGACCUGAGGUGUCCGCCCUCUUAUACCGAUGUGCCCAAGACCGUUCGGUAUGCCAACAGUGCUAGAGGACCCCCAAGGCGAGGACUGGGAUCACCCCAGGGAACGAGGCCUGUACCACGUGGCAUCAGAGUUCCAAAGGGAAACCACAAGGCAGGAUAGCGGCGGGGCGGCAGCCGUCCACUCCACUCACCACCCAAGUAGGCAUCAAAUACAGCUAUGCUGAUGUGCCCUCUCAGGGGUCAGAAUUAUUGUGGUAAGAGUAGCCUCGGCACCAGCACCUCUGUGCUCGCAGGACCGCUUUCCUGGUGUCACGACUGCUAGUGUGGUCCAACACGCAGAAACUAUGUAAACAUAUUCAUAGAAAAAGGAAGGAAAAAUAAAAGGACAGAGCGUAAACCGGUCCUUAGAAUGGCCGGACUAAUACGCUAGAGAUAGAGAAUGGUCAAAGGGAAAGCCGAGGUCAGGGAAGCCAUAAAUACUCAAAUACCGUUUAAACAAGCCAAAGUCAGGGGAACCAGAAAUCGUAAUAACCAGGAAAAGCCAAGAUCAGAAUACCAGGAAAUAAGAAUCACAAGGAUAAACGCACUCUCGGGAACCAGGAACAGGAAACCAUGACAGGGCAAGGGUGACCUCUGACCCCAGAACGUGCGCGUGCGUUGACGUUGUGACGUCAUGCGCAUGUUCGUAUAAUUUUGAGGGGCGGAGCUUGUGAUGUGCACGACCACGUGGUCAGCGCCAUCUUUGAUUUGGGCGCACUGCCCAGAAGACGCGGAGGAACGGUUCCCAGCUCGCUGGCGAGCAGGUAAGCUCGCUAUAUCGGCGAGGUCGUGCCGGUCGGGCACGGAUGCGCCAUCCAAUAUGGAUCAAACUUCAUACUCCUCCUGAUCACCCACUACCAAGGGUGGAGGAGGGGCAGCCACUUUAGUGUAUCGAUUGGCAAUUCUCAUGUGCGCAGGAAGUGCCAAGGAAUAAGUCACAGGGUUAAUACGACGGAGGACCCGAAAAGGACCUACGAGGGGCAAAUUUCAUGGAAGGAACCUUAAGUUUGAUAUGACGUGUGGAUAACCACACCUUGUCUCCUGCUUGAUAGACAGGAUUGGCUCCCUGUCUCUUGUCAGCUUGGAUCUUACCAUGUUUUGAUGCCUUCUGUAGUGCUGUAUGAACAGAAUCCCAAGUGUCAUGAAUAGAAUUCAAACAGGCGUUCAAGGCAGGAAUAUCAGUGUCUGAAAAUUGAGAAGGUAAGUGGGGUGAUAACCCCGAUUUACAAAAAAUGGACUAUGAUUAGAGGAUUCAUGAGUCGCAUUAUUUCUGGCAAACUCAUGGGUAAGAGUUCGUACCAGUUAGACUGAUUGGCAUCGAUAAAACAACAUAAAUAAGAUUCUAAAGACUGAUUGGCCCUCUCUGCUGCGCCAUUAGUCUGAGGGUGAUACGCUGAGGAAAAUGAAAGUUCUAUACCCAAUUGCUUACAAAAGGCACGCCAGAACCUAGAAAUAAAUUGGGUACCUCUGUCGGAUACUAUGUUUUUAGGCACUCCAUGUAACCGAAAGAUCUCUUUCAAAAAUAUUUGUACAAGAUAUUGAGCAGAUGGUAAUUUUUUAAGAGGUACAAAAUGUGCCAUUUAUGAGAAUCUAUCUAUGACCAGAAGGAUUGUGUUAUAUCCGUUUGAACUGGGCAGAUCCACCAUGAAAUCCAUGUCUAAAUGGGUCCAUGGAGCAUUAGGUAUUGGAAGUGGUUGUAACAACCCAGGAGGAGAUUUGUGGGAUGCUUUAGAAACGGCACAUAUUUGACAUGCCCCUACAUAAUAUUUGAUGUCGUUCCUAAGUGUAGGCCACCAGAACCUCUUGGAAAUAGCAAAGAGAGUUUUAUGGACUCCAGGAUGACCUGCUGUCAAAUUAUCAUGGAAUAAUCCAAGUACCUUUUCCCUUAAUGGUGGUGAAACGUACAGUUUAUCCGGAGGGCUCUCCACGGGUGCCUGAUUUUGAUCUGCUAUUAUGGCACAGAAGAGUGGAGAAGACACUUCAGAAACUGUAGUAGCUAUAAGGCAUUCUAGAGGUAUGAUAGGGAAUACCUCUUGUUCAGGAACCUCAUCUGUCUCAAACUGCCUAGACAGCGCAUCUGCCUUGGUGUUCUUGGUCCCGGGCCUAUACGUAAUUACAAAAUUGAAUCGGGAGAGGAACAAUGACCAUCUAGACUGACGAGAGGACAAUCUCUUAGCGUCCCCAAUAUAAGCCAAAUUCUUAUGAUCAGUAAAGAAGUGGCUCUUUGGAACCUUCUAAGAGAUGCCUCCAUUCUUUAAGGGCGAGUGCAAUGGCCAAUAAUUCCCUAUUCCCAAUGUCAUAAUUUCUCUCUGCUGGGGUUAGUUUUCGAGAGAAAAACCCACAGGGAUGUAAAGGCGCAUCAGGACUUUCUCUUUGAGACAGAAUGGCUCCUACUCCUGUUUCUGACGCAUCUACCUCUAGAAUAAAUCGUUUGGUCGGAUCGGGAUGUGUCAGGACAGGUGCUGAGGAAAAUAAAGAUUUUAAUUGCUCAAAUGCCUCCUUUGCUUCCUUGGGCCAUGAAUUGCAAUUUUCACCUUUUUUGGUUAGGUUGGUAAUAGGAGUGAUUACUGAGGAAAAACCCUUAAUGAACUUGCGGUAAUAAUUUGCAAAACCUAUAAAGCGUUGUGUAGCUUUAAGGCCUUUGGGUAACGGCCAUUGUAAGACUGCUUCCAAUUUGCGUGGGUCCAUUUUGAAACCAGACGGGGAUAUAACAUAACCAAGAAACUGUAUCUCAGUCUGGUCAAACUGGCAUUUCUAUAGUCUAUACAAGGGUGUAGGUCUCCUUUUUUAGAAACGAAGAAGAACCCAGCCCCAGCAGGUGAAGAGGAUCUACGUAUGUGACCCUUUCUGAGAGCAUCCUUUAUGUAUUCUUCUAAACAAAGAUUUUCUUGGGGAGAUAGUGCAUAUACUCCUCCUUUAGGAGGCAUAGUGCCUGGUAACAAGUUUAUGGCACAGUCGCAGGGUCUAUGUGGUGGUAAUACCUCCGACUGAACCUUGUUGAAUACCUCCUUUAAGUCCAAAUACUGCGGUGGGAUUUCUAUGGUUAAGGGAGGCGCUAUAGGUACAUUGAUGGUACCAAUUCGUUGUGGCACCUGUUUUAAACAAAGACCUCUGCAUCUCUCACCCCAACUCACAAUUUCUCCUUCAACCCAAUCUAAACGUGGAUUGUGUUUCUGGAGCCAAGGGCAACAGAGUAUUAUCGGAAAUGUAGGUGAAGAUAUAAUUUGGAAAACCAUUUCUUCAGAAUGUAAGAUACCCACUGAGACAGUGAUCGGCAGGGUUUUGUGCGUGAUGAGAGGCUGGGUAAGAGGUCUCCCUCCCAUCGAUAGCCUCUACUGCUAUGGGUCUAUCUAUCUGCCUUAAAGGCAGGAGAUGUUUGGCAGAGAAUUCCUUGUCUAGAAAAUUCUCUGCUGCCCCAGAGUCAAUCAUAGCCUCACACUGUACAGUGGUUUUCUUACAAGACAAAGUAAUUCUUACAAGGAAACGGUUCUUAGUCAAUUUAGGGGACAUAUACAUCACAGCUAAGUUCGGUCCCCGAAUGUGCCUUAGGUGCGCAGGUUUUCCGGCCGAACCGGACAUGAAACCCUUUGAUGUCCCCUCUUGCCACAAUCCAAACACAACCCUUUGUUGCGUCUGUGUUGUCUCUCUGCCUCAGUGAGUUUAGCAAUGCCCAGUUGCAUGGCUUCAGGUUCUGGAGGUGGAGCAGGACGAACAAUCACUGGGUUAGAGAAACGAGGGGCUAUAGAUAAGUUAGAACGUCUAGUACGCUGUUUGUUUUUCUCCCUCUCUCUGAGCCUGGUAUCAAUGUCUAUCAUGUAUGCAAUAAAGUCAUUAAGGUUUACCAGAAGAUCUCUGGCUGCGGUCUCGUCUUGUAUAUUUUCCGCUAUACCUUCGAAAAAGCAGCCACCAAACCACUGUUGGUCCAGUCAACCUCAGACGCCAAUGUCCUGAACUCUAUGGCGUAAUCAGCUACAGAGCGGGUGCCUUGUUUUAUUCUCAUUAAGGCUCUGGUAGUGUUCUUUUCUCUCCCUUUUGGCUCAAAAGUAGAUUUAAAUGCUGUUAGUAAUACAUUGUAAUCACAGGCAACUGGAUUUCCACUUUCCCAUAAGGGAUUGGCCCAUGUUAAAACCUUACCCGUUAAUUGGUUCAUUAGAUAGAUCAAAAAUUGGCUAUCUGUAGGGAAUGAACCAGGGGAAGCUUCGAAGUGGUAUUCAAUUUGGUUUAGAAAACCUAAAUUCCUUAGAAUCACCUCCAAAACAAGGGGGAGGUGAAAGGGUUAUGGAUGGAGGUUUGUGUGCCACAGGUGCUACCACAGGUGGCAGAACCAGUUCUCUGGAGCAAGGUCUGGAACGCUUGGGCAAACUGAUCUAACCUGUGGUCCAUAUCCUCCACCCUGCUCUCACAGGCAAUCAUAUGUUUGCAUAGUUCUGCAGGAUCCAUGGCCCUGUUGUAAUGUCACGACUGCUAGUGUGGUCCAACACGCAGAAACUAUGUAAACAUAUACAUAGAAAAAGAAAGGAAAAAUAGAAGGACAGAGCGUAAACCGGUCCUUAGAAUGACCAGACUAAUACGCUAGAGAUAGAGGAUGGUCAAAGGGAAAGCCAGAAAUACUCAAAUACCGUUUAAACAAGCCAAAGUCAGGGGAACCAGAAAUCGGAAUAACCAGGAAAAGCCAAGAUCAGAAUACCAGGAAAUCAGAAUCACAAGGAUAAACGCACUCUCGGGAACCAGGAACAGGAAACCACGACAGGGCAAGGGCAACCUCUGACCCCAGAACGUGUGCGUGCAUGGACGUUGUGACGUCAAGCGCACGUUCGUAUAAUUUUGAGGGGCGGAGCUUGUGAUGUGCGCGACCGCCAUCUUUGAUUUGGGUGCAUUGCCCAGAAGACACAGAGGAGCUGUUGUCACCUUCUCACCAAGCUGCUUGGCGAUGGUCUUGUAGCCCAUUCCAGCCUUGUGUAGGUCUAUAAUCUUGUCCAUGACAUCCUUGGACAGCUCUUUGGUCUUGGCCAUGGUGGAGAGUUUGGAAUCUGAUUGAUUGACUGCGAUUGUGGACAGGUGUCUUUUAUACAGGUAACAAACUGAGAUUAGGAGCAUUCCCUUUAAGAGAGUGCUCCUAAUCUAAGCUUGUUACCCGUAUAACAGACACCUGGGAGCCAGAAAUCUUGUUGAUUGAUAGGGGAUCAAAUACUUAUUUCACUCAUUGAUAUGCAAAUCAAUUUAUAACUUUUUAGACAUAUUUUUCUGGAUUUUAUUUUGUUAUUCUCUCUCUCUCACUGUCAAAAUAUACUUACCAUUAAAAUUAUAGACUGAUCAUUUCCUUGUCAGUGGGCAAAUGUUCAAAAUCAGCAGGGGAUCAAAUACUUUUUUCCCUCACUGUAUAUCUGAAAGACUUUUGAGAAAAUAACAACCUAUCCUCUGGAGCAAAUUCUAGAACGACACUUUUUUGUUCUCUGAUAUUGCAGGUACCCACUCUCAUUGUAUACGGGGACAAGGACGAGCAACUUGGAGAAAUGUCACUUCGUAAUCUGAAAAACCUGCCCAACCAUAGAGUACUGUGCAUGCAAGGGGCAGGGCAUGCUUGCUACCUGGAUGACCCAGAAACCUGGCAUAAAGGACUUCUGGACUUUCUGGGCAAUUUGAAAUGAGUGGAGAGUUGCAUAUCAGGGAAUCUCCUAGUGAACAGUAACACCAUUUUUAUUAAAAUGGAAAUCGUGGUGCUUGGGUUUUUGUGAUUAAAUGAUUGUAACAAAUGUGAGCUCUAGGUGUAAAUGAGGAUGUAAUGGAUUUAGAGAGUAGAUAUAAGGUGUGCUAUUAAAUAUUAUAUUAAUAUGUCAAUAUAAAUGCAGUUCCCUAAUGAUAAGUGUAGCAGUUGAAGAAAAUACACUAAAUCAUUAAAGGGAGACUCCACUGCCAAAAUAAUAUAUAUAUAUAUAUAUAUAUAUAUAAAAUCAAUGUUUAGUAGAUAUACUCCCAAUGAUAACAUGCAUGUGUUUAAUUGAUUGUAUCUCUCGGAAACAGCUUACAAAAACUACAGAUCUUUGUGUUAAGCACUUGCAAGCCCCCCUCUUCUAACCUUUUUUACUCAAUGAAGAAGUCUUUGAAAGGCAGGUGUGCUUGGCAAUAAACUACCUUUUGCACUAUCUCCACGGAGUUAAAACAAAACAGGACACGUUUGACAGGCAUGGGAUGUAACAAGGAAAAUUUAUGAUGGCACUUUUUGUAAAAUGAAAAAAUGACAUCCCUCUUCACACAAGCAAGCUGAAGUGCUUUAGGGGUUUGGAGUGUCCCUUUAACUAAACCGUAGUUCAUGAAGUGGGAUUUAAUAACCUUAAAAUCUUUAUUACCAGCAUUAUUCUAAUUCAUGCAGCAAUAUUUCUUUCAUUUAAAACAUAGAAACAAAAUGAUGUACAAUAAUUUAGAAAGUAGCCACUUGCUUUUUUUUGUCUUGACUUUAUACAAUAUUUCAGAAAAAACUAUGCUUAAACCAAUAAACCAUUGUAAAUCAAUGUUAAUGGGUUCUAUUAUUGUGUAGUUGUCGUUAGUGAUGUACCUGCUAGCAAUUGUGAAGAGCCUUAAUAAUUAGUAAGGAUAAACAACCUGUAUUGACACAAUGCAGGAAAAUAUUCAGUGUAAACUGUAAAUUAAAACGCCAGAAAUUGAUAAAAAAACAAACAUUACUUUUUUUUUUACAUUUUUUUUAUAUUAAUAAAUAAAAGCUAAUUUGAAACCCAACUAAAGCAAGUAUAAUAUACAAAAUAAAGUAAACAAAUGACUUUGCUAAUAAAAAGAAAUCUGUGAUCUCUGUCCCAAUGUUUUGACAAAACUCAGAUUUUCUCAAGGGACAAACUAUCUCAAUCACAGGUAUAUUUGUAUUCCCUUACUGUACAUUGUGAUGGCUAACACAUUGCUAGGUCAAGCGUGCCUUCAGAAUGCCAAAUAAUGCAACUAUAUGUGUACAAUGGAUAAAAUACAAUUAAUGAUAAUACAUCGUAUAGUAGCAAAGUAUACAUGCAUAAUAUUCGUUAAUAAGUCGGUAGGUAGAUAGUAAAGAGGCCAAUCCCAGUGAAUCAUAAUGUUAAAUAGGACACAACUCAACAUCAUGUGAUAAUGUACUAACUAGACAAUCAAACUUUUAGGCAAACUGUCCUCACUCGUUACUGGCACAAUUACAGCAAGAUCAAACAUUACAAUACACCCCCAAAAACAAGUGCGACAAGUCAUAUAUGCCCAUAUAUUUUUCUUACUUUGGGUCUAGUGGAACAUGGGUCUAGUGGAACAUGGGUCUGAAGCUUGUGCUCCAUCAGGCUCUGCAUUAAUCUGGACUUGUCUUUAGGGAAUAAAAGCCCAUAAUUAACCCGCUUCAAUCUGACACCCUAGGUUUGCCUCACUGUAAACAUGUGUCCGCCCCUAGGUGAAGCAGUCUCCAUAGAGUAAGGAUUGCUCCAGAUAUUAGGCACACAACAAUUUGUGCUUGUCUUGAUUGGUCCAAGCUAAGGUGGUUUGCAACUCAGAACUGCACCAUGGAUCCACGAACCUUUGGAAUGGGAAGUAACAGCAGGGACAUUCUGAGUGUCUAGAUUGUCUAAAGCAGGAAUGUGUACACAGCCAUUCUGCUUGUUAAAAACCAUGACAAAUCAUUCUGCAGUCAUUAUACAGUAAAAAUCUGACUUUGUCCUUGUGCUGGGUUUAAGUGACUUGACAUGUGUUCUCAGACAUUUAACAGCUAAUGGGGUAGAAGAUGCAUGAAGCGGAUAUAAUAAUAAUUUGAAAUAUAUGUAUAGAAAUAGUUCCGCUCAGGUAGUUAUCAUCAUCCCUCUAGCACAUUGGGCCAUCAGGUCCCAGGGAGCAGGCAUAGAAGCUAAGACUCUGAAGAAGAUAUGAAAAUGUAUGGCUACUGCGACAAGGUUUUUUACUAAAGCGAGAAUUGUUGGGAAUUUAGAUUGAAUAUAAAAUUUAAGGCACAAAUAGCCAAACUGAAAGCAUUGGAGACUUGCAGAUUUAAUUCAGUUCAAGUACGUUGACAUUAAAUGGAAAAUUCAAGUUGAAUUUGUUUAGAGUUCUUGACAAUUCUGACUUUGGUUGGCAGAACAAAAUGAAAUAAAAUAAAAUGAAAUCCUGCCAUUAAGAUAGGUAAUACAGCAGGUUCCUCCAUUUUCUAGAUGUCUUUAAUCCUAAUGUUCAGCUGUCAUAUCUGGUCACAUGUAACUUUUUAAAGCGGGUUAAUAUAGUCCUCAAAAGAAUGACAUACCUAGAGCAGGUGCGAAUUUAUCUGCAUCUAGAGAGUAAAAUGUUACCACAAAGCCCAGGACACUAGCCAGAUCUCUGGUUCAAGCACACAGAGAAGCACUAAUAACCUACUGCUCAUGUGCAGUGAUAACCUUGCUUAGCCAAUCAGAUGCUUCUCAUAGAAAGGUAAUAAAUCCAUAUGUUCUCUUUGAGAAUCUUUCUCAGCAUAGCUAGUGGCUUCAAGGGACACUGUAGGCACCCAGACCACUUUAGCUCACUGAAGUAGUCUGGGUGCCGUGUCCCUUUUGCACUUAGUGUUGCAAUGUUAAACAUUGCAGUUCCAGAGAACUGCAAUGUUAACAUUGCAGCUCCAAGUCUGCCCUCUGUGGCCGUCUACCAGACAGCCACUAGAGGGCUUCCGGAAUCCAAACGGACUUUUGGUCCGUUAUCUGACACUGGACGUCCUUACGCUCUGCAUGAGGACCUCCAGCAUCAGAUUUUCCCCAUAGGAAAGCAUUAUCCAAUGCGCGUGUGGUCUAAUGCGCGUGUGGCCAUUACCGUGCAAGCGCAUUAGGUCUCCCCCGCCGACCUAAGCCAAGGAGCCUGACCCAGUGCCGGAUUCAGGUAAGUGGCUG